GCGAAGGAGCGGCUGCGCGUCGCGGAUCCCCAGUCCUGGGUAGAUGGCGCCGGCGGAGCGCUGCACAGUUUGCCGCCAGACCUUCUUCUGCGGCCGCGGACACGUCUACAGUCGCAAGCACCAACGGCAGCUGAAGGUGGCUUUGGAGCGGCUUCUGCCUCAGGUGGAGGCCGCCCGCAAGGCCGUCCGCGCCGCUCAGGUGGAGCGUUUCGUGCCCGAGCACGAGCGGUGCUGUUGGUGCCUGUGCUGCGGCUGUGAGGUGAGGAAACACCUGAGCCACGGAAACCUGACCGUGCUGCAUGGGGGGCUGCUGGAGCAUCUGGCCAGUCCAGAGCACAAGAAAGCAACCAACAGAUUCUGGUGGGAGAACAAGGCUGAGUUCCAGAUGAAAGAGAAGUUUUUGAUCUCCCCCCAGGAUUAUGCACGAUUCAAGAAGUCCAUGGUGAAAAGUCUGGAUUCCUAUGAGGAAAAAGAGGAUGAAGUGAUUAAAGAGAUGGCAGCUCAGAUCCGUGAGGUGGAGCACAGCCGGCAGGAGGUGGUUCGGUCUGUCUUAGAGCCUCAGACAGUGCCAGACCCAGAAGAGGGCUCUUCGGCACCUGGAAGCUGGAACGGGACAAACAGCCAAGUAGCCUCCACCUCACAGCAGCCCUCAUAUGUGGACCUGCCACCAGCCCCAGAGCUUGACUGGAUGGAGACAGGACAACCUCUGACAUUCAUUGGCCAUCAGGAUACACCAGGAAUUGGUAACAUCCACUCAGGUGCCACACCUCCCUGGAUGGUCCAAGAUGAGGACUGUAGCUCUGGGAACCAACAAAUAGGACCCUCCUAUGAAGAGUUUCUCAAAGAAAAGGAAAAACAGAAAUUGAAGAAACUCCCACCAGACAGAGUUGGGGCCAACUUUGAUCAUAACUCCAGUACCAGUGCAGGCUGGCUGCCCUCUUUUGGCCGGGUCUGGAAUAAUGGACGCCGCUGGCAAUCUAGGCAUCAAUUCAAAACUGAAGCCGCAGCAAGAAACAAACAGCAGCCACAUAGAAAGAAAAGUUAAUGGUUUCCUAAUACAUUUUCAACCACUGUAAUGCUCAAAGCCAAACCAACAAACCAAUACCUACUAUUAUCCUUUGUAACUGCCUUUCUUAGGAAACAGACAUGCCCACUUAUUUGAUUUAAUAAAGUUUUAUUUUUCAAAAUA